UAAGAGGAGAGAGAGAGAGAAAGAACAUUUAGCUCAUUCUGUGUACUGGUUUAUCAUUUUAUAGCAUUCUUCACACUCUUUGUUUUCAUUUCAAGUCUUCUUUACUUACUUCACAGAGUUCACACAUUCUGAGUUGUCUUUCACUCAAAACUUUUUAUUUUUUAUUUCUGACUUUAUACAGUUCAUUGAUUUUACUAGCUGAAACAAACGUCGUUAAAAGUUAAUUGUGGAGUUUGUGUGUGUGAAAGUUAGGAAGUUAUGGCAGGAGGUGGUGGUGGUGGAGCUCCGGCGCCGAAAGCGGAUGAGCCACAGCCUCAUCCACCGAAAGAUCAGUUACCGAAUGUUUCUUACUGCAUAACAAGUCCUCCUCCUUGGCCUGAGGCUAUACUUCUUGGUUUCCAGCAUUAUCUUGUGAUGCUGGGUACAACUGUGUUGAUUCCUACUUCUCUUGUUCCUCAAAUGGGAGGUGGCAAUGAGGAGAAAGCAAAAGUUAUCCAAACACUUCUCUUUGUGGCUGGAAUCAACACAUUAGUUCAAACUCUGUUUGGUAGCCGAUUGCCAGCCGUAAUUGGAGGGUCUUAUACGUUUGUUCCAACAACAAUCUCAAUCAUUCUCGCUGGUCGAUUCAAUGAUGAGCCAGAUCCUAUAGAGAAAUUCAAGAAGAUAAUGCGGGCAAUCCAAGGUGCUCUUAUUGUUGCUUCAACUCUUCAAAUAGUACUUGGAUUUAGUGGUCUUUGGCGUAAUGUUGCAAGGUUCUUAAGUCCACUUUCAGCCGUUCCUUUGGUAUCUCUUGUUGGUUUUGGGUUGUAUGAGUUGGGCUUUCCUGGGGUUGCUCAAUGUGUAGAGAUUGGAUUGCCAGAGCUUAUAUUGCUAGUAUUUGUUUCACAGUUUGUACCCCAUGUGCUCCAUUCAGGAAAACACGUUUUCGACCGUUUUUCUGUUUUAUUCACAGUUGCAAUUGUGUGGUUAUAUGCUUAUAUUCUCACUGUUGGAGGGGCAUAUAACCAUGCUAAACAUAAAACACAGAUAACCUGCCGCACUGAUCGUUCAGGUCUAAUAGAUGCUGCUCCAUGGAUUAGAGUUCCAUAUCCAUUUCAAUGGGGUGCACCUUCAUUUGAUGCAGGCGAAGCCUUUGCCAUGAUGAUGGCAUCCUUUGUUGUUCUAGUAGAGUCCAGUGGAGCUUUUAUUGCUGUUUAUCGGUUCGCUAGUGCAACACCAUUACCACCAUCGAUUCUUAGUCGGGGUAUUGGUUGGCAGGGUGUUGGCAUUCUGUUAUCGGGAUUGUUUGGAACCGGGAUUGGAUCUUCUGUAUCUGUAGAAAAUGCCGGUCUUUUGGCUUUAACACGUGUCGGUAGUCGAAGAGUGGUGCAAAUAUCCGCCGGGUUUAUGAUUUUCUUUUCAAUUCUAGGGAAAUUUGGAGCAGUAUUCGCUUCCAUCCCCCCUUCCAUUGUUGCUGCACUAUACUGCUUGUUCUUUGCUUAUGUUGGUUCGGGAGGUCUAAGUUUUCUUCAAUUCUGCAACCUCAAUAGUUUUAGAACAAAGUUUGUAUUAGGCUUCUCUAUCUUCCUGGGCUUGUCUAUCCCACAGUACUUUAACGAGUACACAGCAAUUAACGGGUUUGGUCCAGUUCACACUGGAGCAAGAUGGUUCAAUGAUAUGGUAAAUGUGCCAUUCCAAUCAAAAGCAUUUGUAGCUGGAGUUGUGGCAUAUUUCCUUGAUAACACACUACAUAAGAAGGAAUCUGCUAUUCGAAAAGAUAGAGGAAAGCAUUGGUGGGAUAAGUACAGGUCCUUUAAAACAGACACAAGAAGUGAGGAGUUUUAUUCACUGCCUUUCAAUCUAAACAAAUACUUCCCAUCUGUGUAAUUUAGGCGUUUAAUUUCGUCAAAUAUUUUGCUUCACAAGAGUGUCUAAAAUGUCUGAUUUGAUCUUGUUCUAAAAUGAAGUUGUAAUCUUAUCAAAUGAUAUAAGUUAUAUCAAGUUCUCAAUUGCUAUAGAAUAGUGAGUCUGUUUUAUAAUGUAACAAAAAAACAUUCGUUUUAUUGUUUUUCAUUCUGUAAAUGCUGACCUGGGAAGGGAUUCACAGUAUUAGUGUA